AUGCCGCCAAAAACCAGAAAGGCGAAGAAGAAAGUCGAAGAGGAUGAGGUUUUGAACACGAACAUUUCGUUUUUAAAGCAAUUUUCAGGAGAUUUUGGAAGAAGUGAAGCCGGCGAAACUUCCGGAAAGCGACGAGAGUUAUGCUCGGAAAAUUGUCGUUUCCAAAUGUAAUUUCAGCAAACAUUCCAGAAGUUUUGUGUUUUUAUUUUCAGCGAACACCCUUCCAAACAGUCGGAUUAUCAAAUUGAGACAUCCGAAAGAGGGAUGCGCUCUCUUUCACAUCUCCGAAAACUCUUUCGAUGAGGUAAGCCUUUGGGUCCCGCCACGAAAUCGCAUUCUUCCGCAGAUUCUCGCCGUAAACGACGGUCACCGCUCGUUUUUCUACGGAGAAAGUGUGCUGGAGGACGGCACAAUCCACCUCUUCUCGCCCUACAAUCCCGUGUUCGUCUGCCUUCCGUACCUCCAGAAAACGGCCGGAAAAUUCGUGGAAGUCGAUGAGAUUCUCGUCGACGAACAAUUCGAACUCAUCAAGGAGUUGACGACCAAUCAACGAAUUCUGAAGGCGUUGGAAGGCGUCGCCGACGUCAAAGGUAUUCUGGAGUGAAAGAAUUAAAGAGAAUGAGGAUUUCAGAUGUGAUGGAUGUGAAACUGUUCCGAUUGAACGAACAGAAAAUGAUGGAAUGGAUGGGCAAAAAGUUUGAAGCGCUCAAAAAGGAACUGGAAAAGGAAGCACACCGGUCACUGAUCGAAUGUCGUGAGUAAAAAGAAAAACUGACUGGAAACCUAUUCCUUCCCGUUUCAGCCGACGCCUUCGACCGCUACGUCUUCUCGUUCCUCUGCGAUUACCUGCCCUCCGACCUGACGGCGUCCGUCCGAACGCAUCUGAACGUCCAAGAAGCGGUCGCCACCGAAAACAUCGACAUGAGCAUGAAAAGGAAGACAACGGAGGAGGAUGAGUACGAAAAGGAGAAGCCGGCGGCGAAGAAACCGAGAGAAUCGGUUCAGACGAAGAAGUUGCAGGCGGCCUCGAAGGGCACCAAGAGCAUCUCCUCCUUUUUCACUAAACAAUGA